AUGUUGGACUCGAAGGUGGUCACGUCGGUGGGGAUGCUUCACAUCGGCGUGGUCUUCCUAGUGUUCGGCGCGUUCCUCCUGAUGAGCGGUCUGCUGCCCGGGGAUCUCGCCCAGUGGGGCACCAAAUCGUCCGGCGGAUGGUGGAACGAGCUGGUCGCCAUAGGUUUGUUCGCCAUCUUUGUCGGCAUAUUCCUCAUCAUAUUGAACAAGGUGAUCGCUAAGAAGGAGGAGAACGAUCUCGAGGAGUACGUGCAGAGGCAGUUGACGAGAUCCAGGUCGGGGCACAGGCUGGAGAGAGACGCGGAGACCGGUGGACUGACCACGAAACACGCUCGAAGGGCGAAGCAAAUGCAGCAGGUGGCUUCCAGCGCGUCCAUAGAGACGCAGAACGAGAAAGUGUCUGGCUCGCCGCCCAGGAGUCCGCCGCCUGCUUACUCGCCGCCGCCGACGAUGAACGGCGAUCACCAAGCUGUUCAGUCGGCCCUCUACCUCGAGCAGAUCACCGAAGAGGAGAUUAUCAGCGAUCGCAUGGAAACGUCGACUACGAACAGCCUGAGCCCCGGCUCGCCGAGCGAGACCAGGGAACUGCUGCAGAAUCCUCGCUACUCGAAGCAGAACGGGAACCCUCAGCAGGUUCAUCGGCCGCUUUACGUGUCUAGAAUCUAG